GAAUUCAUUCUUCAAUUUCUCAAACCAAAACAUUCCUUCUUCUCCGCAUUCAAAUUUUCUUUUUCUCUCAAAAUUUUUCUCAGUUUGAAAUGGAGGCAAGCACCAAGACAACAAAGAAGGGAGCAGGAGGAAGGAAGGGAGGAGGACCAAGGAAGAAGUCGGUGACAAGAUCCAUCAGAGCUGGUCUUCAAUUUCCGGUUGGAAGAAUCGGUAGAUACUUGAAGAAAGGAAGAUACGCUCAGCGUGUAGGCACAGGUGCUCCAGUAUACCUAGCAGCAGUUCUUGAAUAUCUCGCUGCUGAGGUUCUUGAGUUGGCUGGAAAUGCAGCACGUGAUAACAAGAAGAAUAGAAUCAUUCCAAGGCAUGUGUUGUUGGCUGUUAGGAAUGAUGAAGAACUUGGUAAAUUGCUUAAUGGUGUUACCAUUGCUCAUGGUGGUGUUCUUCCAAACAUUAACCCCAUCCUCUUGCCUAAGAAGACUGAAAAAACUGCUCCUAAGGAGCCAAAGAAGGCUGGAAAGUCUCCAAAGAAGGCUUAGAUCUGAUCUGUUUUCAAUCUUUAGAUGAUUGUGUUUAUAUCUAAGACUAGGGUUACUUUAUGUGAUAUAAAUCGGUUUUAGUGCUUUCAUAUAAUGUAACUCCAUCUUAUUGCAUUUCUCCUUUAGGACUUUUAUCUAUCAAUGAAAAUUAUUCAAUUUCAAUAUUAUAAA